AUAAAACAAAUAGUGUUAAAUUAUUGUGUUUAAAAACAUCAAACAUGUGUUUAAAGAAGUCCAAAAUAGUGUUUUUUUGUUUCUUGGUCUGCGUUACCUUCCGUCGAGGAACAAUAGUGGCAGCUAAUGAAACCCGUGUAUUUGAACAAACCUUAACCAACUUGAUUUUGCUAUAUCAAAAAGAAAAUGCAUCGAAAGAAUACAAUGCAUCUGGUAUAGACGACGCACCCGAUGUAUGCACAACGCCAUUUCAAAAGUCUAUUAGCGAAAAUGAUUUUAUUAAAAGUAAACUUUUUGAACAGUUUCAACUCAAAGAUUAUUUCGCUGGUGAACCGAACUGUAGAAAUCUAUGUUUAAAAGUUAGUUACAAAAUCGAAGAAAUAGUAAAUAAUAUUAUCACCAAUGAUAAUACACAAUCUGCAAGCACAGACAAUCAUGCUAAUGACAAUAACAUAACAAUCAAAGAAGAAAAUGCAAGCCACAACGUAACAGAUAGCGAAAUUAAAAAUGAACACGAUCACAUAGAAAAGACGGAGAACCGUGAAGACAAUACAAAAAUAGACAAAGAAGCAGAAAAUACGAUAAAUAGUCAAAAUGUUACGGCUCGCGCAAUAAAUGAACCAAUACAAGACGAGGGCAAAGAAGGACAAGGAAAAAAGACAGCAAUAAUCGCAGGCGCCACUGUAGCAGCAGUAGGGACAACUGCCAUUGGCUCGUUUCUUGUUUAUAAAUGGGUGCAGACACUGCUACAAGCUGGUAGCUACAGAUUUCCAGCAUAGAAAAAAACGUCCCUAACUAAAUCUUCUGAAGAGAUUCAGAAGAAAUUGACUUGGAGUAAAAACUUGAAAAAUAUUUUUACGAUUGCCCGCGACCUCGUCCACGUAGAAUAUCCCCAUAUUUCCCGUAGGAUAAAUUUUUUCUAAUGCGGAAGUUAGUGCCCUCAAGAAAGCAAGCUACAGCCAAGUACCAAAUUUCAUCAAGAUCGGUUUGGUGUUUGAUAUUUGAGAAGGGCACAAAUCAAUUACAUGCUAUUGAUUUAUUUAUUUAUACUCUUU